UCUCCAUGGUCCAAAGAUCUAGCUCUCGCUUAGUUAAAACCCCUCCAAGUUCCCUUCUUCGCCGCCAUGGCAUCCUUCGCGGCUAUGGCGAUGUCGUCUGCUACUUUUUUCUACCCUCCAAGCUGUAGGUUUGCUUGUGCUCCCUUGUUUCUAAAGAGGCUCGACUUCGGUAAAGGUAAGAGUAGGGAUAGGAAAGGUUUAUUGGAUUCGCAGGCGACUCCUGCAAGAGAGUUGCUAGCUGCUAGAUCAUCCAAAGAGCGCCAUCAAGACCCAGAUGAGAAUGCCAAUGCAGGCGAGGAAAAUUUGAGCCCUUUGCGUGAAGAUUUUAAUUGGGAUUUCAGUUGGCUACCUGCUUUUCCUCACGUUCUCACCGCAUCCAUGGCUAAUUUCCUCUUUGGAUAUCACAUAGGGGUGAUGAAUGGGCCAAUAGAAGCCAUUGCAAAGGAACUUGGUUUCAUCGGGAACCCUAUUCUUGAAGGUCUUGUGGUUAGCAUAUUUAUAGUUGGUGCAUUUAUUGGAUGCAUAAGCUCUUCCUCUCUAACUGAAAAGCUUGGUUGUCGGCGCACAAUCCAAAUUGAUGCAAUUCCCUUAAUUAUCGGAGCACUUUUGAGAGGAAGGGAGAGGCGGACUCUCCGUGUCAUGCGUCUCGCAGAGGAAGGAGGUGGAAGAGGGCUCGAGCAACCUAUAGAAGCUCGAGCUUUGGGAUCGCUGCUCUGGGAAGAGAACGACGGGAUCGCGGCUACCUGGGAAGGGAACGACGAGAUCGCGGCUUACAUAGACCACCGAAACUCCCAUCUUCAUCCUUGUACUCCACUCCUAUCAGAAAUCCACUUCGCGGCUUCUUCCGAGGUCGAGGGCAGGGGA